AGCGGCAGCCUUGGGGUCCCCGACCAGCGGACAAAAGCCUCCCUUGCUGGUUGCUGCCGCUUGGCAACAAGGUGCUGAGUCAUCCAGCCUCCGAGCCUCACUGCCGCGGCCUUGGCAGAUAACGGAGCGACCCACACGGGGGCGGGGUGUCGUAGAGUGUGCGCUCACUUUGGAAGGUCGGAGGCUUUCCGUCGGGUUAGCAGCGGAAUCUAGUGUACUGGAUGGAAGACCGGGCGCUGGAGCUCAUGCCUUAUCGGUUAGAUCUGCUUGGUAAACCUGGUGUGUCACCAUGCUGGCUGCAAGGUUUGUGUGUCUCCGGACACUACCUUCCAGGGUUUUCCAUCCAGCUUUCACCAAGGCCUCCCCUGUUGUGAAGAAUUCCAUCACUAAGAAUCAAUGGCUCUUAACACCCAGCAGGGAGUAUGCCACCAGGACAAGAACUGGGAUCCGCCGUGGGAAAACUGGCCAAGAACUCAAAGACGCUGCAAUGGAACCAUCAGCGGAAAAAAUAUUUAAAAUUGAUCAGAUGGGAAGGUGGUUUGUUGCUGGAGGAGCUGCUGUUGGUCUUGGAGCAUUGUGCUACUAUGGCUUGGGAAUGUCUAAUGAGAUUGGAGCUAUUGAAAAGGCUGUAAUUUGGCCUCAGUAUGUGAAGGAUAGAAUUCAUUCUACCUAUAUGUACUUAGCAGGAAGUAUUGGUUUAACUACUUUGUCUGCCUUGGCAGUGUCUAGAACGCCUGCUCUUAUGAACUUCAUGAUGAGAGGCUCUUGGGUGACAAUUGGUGCAACCUUUGCAGCCAUGAUUGGAGCUGGAAUGCUGGUACACUCCAUAUCAUAUGAGCAAAGCCCAGGCCCAAAACAUCUUGCUUGGUUGCUACAUUCUGGUGUGAUGGGUGCAGUAGUAGCUCCUCUGACAAUAUUAGGGGGACCUCUCCUUAUUAGAGCUGCAUGGUACACAGCUGGCAUUGUGGGAGGCCUCUCCACUGUGGCCAUGUGUGCCCCCAGUGAGAAGUUUCUGAACAUGGGAGCACCCCUGGGAGUAGGCCUGGGUCUCGUCUUUGUUUCCUCACUGGGGUCUAUGUUUCUUCCACCUACCACUGUGGCUGGUGCCACUCUGUACUCAGUGGCCAUGUAUGGUGGAUUAGUUCUUUUCAGCAUGUUCCUUCUGUAUGAUACUCAAAAAGUAAUCAAGCGUGCAGAACUAGUACCAGCAUAUGGAUUUCAAAAAUAUGAUCCCAUCAAUUCGAUGUUGGGAAUCUACAUGGAUACACUAAAUAUAUUUAUGCGAGUUACAAGUAUGCUAGCAUCUGGAGGCAACAGAAAGAAGUGAAGUAACAGCUUCUGGCUUCGCUACUGAAUCAGAUGUCUUGCUUGUUUAACAGCACAUAUUUGUCACAUAGUUUGUACAAGCAGCUUUCCGUGAUGUUUAGAAGUUAGGAACAUAUGUUGUCAACAUGUUUAAAAUGUUCCAGUAAUGUGAUCCUUCAGGUUUGCUUUUUCUUCUAGAGAAUAAAUUCAAUAGUUCUCUUUCAAAUAAGCAUAUACAUUUCCAAUUUUCAUUUUUAAAAUACUAUAACAAAAUAUGAAAUCUAAGGUUUUUGUGUUAUAAGAAUUUAAGCUUUUAAGUUUAUUGGGUUAAGUUAGCAAACUCAUGUUUGCCUGUAUAUUUGGGGGGGAUGCAGAAUGUUGAAAAUAUGGGUUUUGGUAUAGAGACCAGAGAGAAGUAAAAGGUCAUCUGCAGUCUUUUGUUGAAUACUCAUAUGUCUUAGCUAUGUGAUCAUGGGAAGCCAGUAAGAGUCAUCUAGGUAUUUGGAACAGUUGCUAUUUUCCCAUGUGUCUAUGAAACAGAGGUGAUGAAAUCUGCUCUGCUUCUCAUUGCUGUCUUUACAUUGUGGAUAUAAUGAUUGGCUUCUCAUUGUUAGGGCAAUCCAGAGUGUUAAUCAUAAGGAGAAUUCCUGAUAGAAUUAUGUGAGUUUUACUUUUGAAUCUUUUGUUUCAAGAUAAAAUAUUUAUUCAUAACAUGAAACUUGAUGCUUUUUUUUUUUAAGUACACAAAAGAUGUGUUUAUAAUUGCUUAUCUCUUCAAACUCAGGAGCCUUUUUCAGAAAAGUCUGUUGCUUACACUAGAGAUUAUGAAAGCAGUUUUCUCAUAAAACUGUUGGUUUCUUGCAUUCCCUCUGAGACUAAUAAGCACUUAACAAGCAAAGCAAAAGUAGUGUUUGUGAAACACAUGAAUCAGACUUAUAGUAGGGAAAGUGCUUCGUUAGUGUCCACUAGCAGUUUUCUUUCUGUCCUGCAUAAACCACUACUUAGCUUUUUUUGUGAUUAUAAGUUUUUUGAUACAAGAGUUAUUUUUGGAAGUCUUUAAUGAAUGGAAAGAAAUAUGUAUGAUUAUUGAGAUGAUUGCUGUUUUUGAGAAAUAUUUAUUACAGUAAUCCAGAAAUAACUAUUUUAACCAUCUCAAAGUAUAUAGGAUGCUUAUUUCUGAAAUAAUAAAGGUUUCAGCCAGAUGGUAAUUGGUCUGCUUUUUCCAACUAAACCACAUGAACACCAUUUUAAUAGGGAUUUAUUUGUUCAAAAUAGCAACAUAGGCGUUUGCUAAUAGUACUUGUACCUCGUCUGUCUCUAUUUUGCUAUUGCAGCUUCUUAACCCUUAUUUCUUAUGUGACUUGACAAGUUUCUUAACCUUUCUUUGUUUAGUUUUUCUGUUAAAUGAAGGUAAAGCCUAUCUCACAGAGUUAAGGUUAAAUGUGCACAAACUUGGUAAGCAUUGUAUAAUUAUUAAUUGCUGAUGCUGGUUUGUUAGUUUGUUUCCCUAAAUAAAAAUUAUAGAUGCCAAA